AUGCCGAACCCUCCGCCCAAGACAAACGCCGAAUGCGAACCUCCGGCCCCAACCAUUAAUGGUGCCAGCCUGCCUCCUAGAUUCUGGGCCAACGUCGCCCAGAAUCCAGGCACGCUUUUAGGUCAGAAUCCAACCUGGUCCCGUGCCGUGGCCGAGAUCAACAAGGCCGGCACGCUGAUGAACUCUAUGCGUCACAUGCCACUCCUAUGGGAGCCCACGGUCAUGUACAGGGGAAGGAGGUGGAAGGAAAAGGAACACUGGCCAUGGACGGGCAAGGUUUUCAGUGGCUUUAUCUCCGCCAAGAAGUCCGAUUACACAGGACUACUGGCCCAAGCAACAAGGGAGUUGCUUGAUGGAGACAAUGCAUGCUGGCACUGUCAACAAGGUAUGGGGAUGUUUUAUGGAAUUCUAAGCGAUGCGCCCUGGGAUAUGGCACCCUUACCACUAUGUCAGUUCAGCAUGGUGCGAUACCAGGGGGGAACACAUCAAACGCUCAGCAGCUACUCGAAAGACCUUCGAGCCAUGAAGGACGAUGUCUUGGCAAAUCUCAUAUCGUUGCGAAAGCUCAUUGAAAGAAGUGGGGAGCAUUGGCAGAAUGCUGAUGAGUCGAAUCCUGAGCAUGCAGACCCUCCAGUGCCGACGGUAGAUAUGUUGACGCUGACGGACAUCUACCAUCGCGAGCUCAAGGGAUCGUGGAUGCGCAGGCACGGUAAAUAUCUACGGGAGAUUCUCACUACUAUCGGAUCGGUGAAAGAUGGAGUCGUUGAACUGGUGAAUCGUCUGGAGGCAUUAAUUGCGAAUCGUUAG